AUGUCCCGUCAGCUCCACUCUAUAACAAAAAGUCCACCAGAGAUGCCCGCAAAAUUCCCCGCAAAUGCUCAAUGUGAUCAACCUGGUCUCCAGCGAACGAGAUCUCUCUGUCUGCCAUCUGCGUCGAUACUGAAUCAGAUGCCCACCACCACCUGUGAGACUGCCCCAUAG